GUCAAGUAAAUAUUGGCAUUUUUUGUACAUCAUAAACAAACAAUACGACCGAUUUAGCUUUAGCAUUUGAACUUUUUUCAAAUUUUGUAUAUUAUUUAUGAUUGGAAACACGCACAAAUCAGCAUGAUGAGUGACAAAUGCUGCCGUUUGUGUAUGUCCACAAGCAGCAGCAUCGAUUAUUUGGACAUUUUUAGCAGGAUCGGUGUCGAGAUGAAAAUGGGCGAAAUUAUUAGUGAACAUUUCAAAUUUGAGGUCAGUGAGCUCGAUACAAUGCCGAGUUUAGUGUGCCAAAUGUGUUGGCAAACGACCGAAGCCUUUCACGAACUAUAUGAAAAAUCCAAAAGUGUUCAAGAGAAAUUCCAAAAUCCACUGAUACAAGUUGAAACGGAUGCGAGCGAAAUGCUGCAAAGCAAUAAGGAAACGCAUUUUAUUGAAGAGUCACAUGUUGAAUUCGGUCCUAUUAAAAUUGAACCGGAUCUAGAUGACGAGUCAGACAUAGAUGAUGGCCAUCAAAUGGAUUAUGAUAUAGACAAUUCGAAUGGUAGCGAUGGUAAAAAUGAUGAAGAAAGCAUACAUGAGAUCGCUAAAGAUGAUCCGGACUUUAGGGAUAAUAAAAAGCUACCAGAAAAAUAUGGAUGUGAUUUAUUUGCAGUAAAGGGAAGACGGCAACAAUCUUCAACAAAGUAUAAAAAUAUGGAAGCAAAAUUUGCGAAAUUAUUCAAAGAGAAUGAGCAUCUGUUUGAUAUGACCUGUGAUCUAUGUGCGACAACGUUCAAAACGCUCGAUGAAGCCCGCACACAUUAUGCCAAAGAGCACCAAAAUAUGAAAGGCUAUAUUAAAUGUUGUUCCACUAAGCUUAUAUAUCGUUGCCAUGUGAUCAAUCAUCUACAGAAACACUUGGAGUCAAAAAGUUUUAAGUGCACGGAAUGUCCCAAAGUCUAUUGGACCAAAAGUGAGCUGGAAAAGCACAUCGAACGACAUUCACAGCCGAAAAUACCAGUCCAUCGAGAGAAGACGAUUCCAUGCAACGUUUGUACGAAAAUGUUCAGCACGAAAGCGCUAAUGGAACGGCAUAAACUGAAACAGCAUGAACGCCGAGACGAAUCAGAAGCGAAAUUUAUUUUCGAAAACUUUGACAUGAAGUGUGAUUAUUGUGAUUCCAUUUUUGGUGGAUUCCAUGAUGCGCGACAUCACUACAAAAGAUUCCACAAUGAUGAUAAGGGCUAUUUGAAGUGUUGCAACAUUAAAUUGCGAGAAUUAUGGAUGGUCAGAGACCAUGUCAAAUCUCACUUAGAUCCCGAAUGUUUCAAAUGUGAUGUAUGUAGCAAGAAUUUUUCGACAAGAAUUAUGUUGGGCCAGCACAAACGGCAUCAUCGAAUGACGAUGCAAAAAUCGUUUAUAUGCGAUUUUUGUGGAAAAUCAUGCAGGGAUAAGUUUUCAAUUACACGUCAUCUGUUUACAAACCAUGUCAAUUCGGAGCCCAAAUUUGAAUGCAUUACCUGUCAUAAAAAGUUCCAAUUGAAAGUACUACUGAAAAGCCACACGUAUUCGGUGCAUCGAGAGAAAAAACACAACGUCACUUGUGAGAUAUGCGGAAAAGGGUUUUAUGUAAAAUUCCAUCUUGAUAAGCAUAUGCUGUCGCAUAAGGACAAAUCUGAGCGUUUGGCCCAACGAAAACAGUGCGAACACUGUGGCGAGUGGUUGAUGACAAAAAGUGGAGUGUUUUAUCAUAAGCAGAUUCAUACAACUGGCACACAGAAAUGUCCACACUGCCAAAUCGAGGUUGCAAACAAAUUGGCUUUAUUAGGACAUAUUCGACAACAUCAUCGAGAACACAAAUUCAAGUGUAGCUACUGUGAUAAAACUUUUUCCACCUCGUCAGCGAUGAAGACGCAUGAGGAGUCACAUACAAGGCACAAAGUUUAUAACUGCGCUUAUUGCCCAAGAACAUUUUCCAUUCCAAGCUCAAGGCGAACACAUACAAGACGACAUCAUCAGGAUCAAAAAAUGAUUGAUAAAAAUAAUAAAAACAAUCUAGUACAUGAUUUGUCCCAUAGGUUAAGCGAUCAAACAAUGUUGGACAGUAAUUCCUGUCGCCUGUGCUUUUCGACCAACAAUGACCAUCACAUGAAUAUAUUCAGUGUGAUCGGUAUUGAGAUGAAAAUGAGCGAUAUCAUCAGCGAGCAUUUCAAAUGCGAAAUCAGCGAAGUAGAUUCGUUGCCGAAUUUUGUAUGUCAAUUAUGUUGGCAAACAACUGAAGCCUUCCAUGAACUUUAUCAAAAGUCCAAAACUGUACAGGAGAAAUUUCUCAAUCCAAUGAUUAAAAUUGAAGUAGAUGCAACCGAACUAUGGCAUGAAAAUUCCGAACGGGAUAUCGUCGGAGAAUCUCAAAUCGAUGUGAAUAUAAUCAAAUUGGAGCCGAAUAUAGAAUACGCCGAUGUACUUGAUUCACAGGACAAUUUCGACGAUGUAGACGAUUUAAGUGACCGAGACAAUUUGAAUGAUGACAUCAAAGAUGAUCAAAUUUCAAAUGGAAUUGAAACUUCUACAGACCGGCCGUCUAAUAAGACUGUAAGUCGACGAAUGAAGGCAAAGAAUCGAAGAACCGUAUUCAAGAAGUUAUUUGUAGAGAACAAAUAUCGAUUUGAUAUGACAUGUGAUAAUUGCUCGGUGUCAUUUGAAUCAUUGAACGAUGCUCGCACUCAUUAUGCUAACGAACACAACAACACAAAGGGAUAUAUCAAAUGUUGUAACGCGAAAUUAACAUAUCGCUGUGAAGUUUUGAAACAUUUAUACCGACAUCUGGAGCCUAAUAAGUUUAAAUGCAACGAAUGCGGCAAAGUGUAUCAAGCUAUGCACGGACUCAAAGGACAUAUGAAACAACACCAUACAGAAAACAUUGAAAAAGAGUGUUUCAUUUGUGAUAUGUGCAAAAAAACGUUCACUUCCAAAGUCGGCCUUAAACGACAUUUACAAUGGCAUUCCGAAACGACGAAAACAGAUGAUGACCAAUACAAAAGAUUUAUUGCUGAAAAUUUCGACAUGUCCUGUGAUCAUUGUGACGUCGUUUUUACUACAUUCCACGAUGCACGACGACACUACAAAGAGAUGCAUGAUGAUAAAAAGGGUUAUAUCAAGUGUUGCAACAUUAAACUAAGAGAACUGUGGAUAGUAAAUGAUCAUAUCAACUCGCACCUCAAUCCAGCGAAUUUUAAGUGUGAUUUGUGCAAUAAGAAUUUUUCCAGCGGAAUGCGAUUGAAUCAGCAUAAGGGGAGACACAGGCGGGCAAUUGAAAGACCUUUCGUAUGUGAUAUAUGUGCAAAAUCAUUUCGGGACAAGGAAACCAUAACACGGCAUCUCUUCACCACCCACGUUAAUUCCGAACCGAAGUUUGAGUGUGAAAUAUGUUCUAAAAAAUUCCAAUUGGCGGCUCUGCUAAAGAAUCACUGUUACUCGGUGCAUCGUGAGAAAAAAGCCAUAGUGACGUGCGAGAUUUGUGGAAAGUCGUUUAAUGUAAAAGCCAACUUUGACAAGCACAUGCUCUCGCACACGGAUAAAUCGGAGCGUUUGGCGCAACGAAAACAGUGCGAGCACUGUGGCGAAUGGCUGAUGACCAAAUCGGGUAUCUACUAUCACGAGCAAAUUCAUACCAGUGGCACACAAAAAUGUGAUCAAUGCAACAUGGAAUUGCCGCAUAAAAUUGCGCUGUUGGCGCACAUUCGGAAAUAUCAUCGUGAACGUAACUUCAAAUGUAGCUAUUGUGAUAAAUCAUUCCCAGUCAGUUCGGAAUUGAAGAAACACGAGGAGGGACACACUAGACACAAUGUAUAUGCCUGCGCUUGGUGUCCAAAAGUGUUCACCCUUCGUACAUCACGACUAACACAUCAGAAGCGGUCUCACCGUGAGGAGCUAAAACACUUGAGAGAAAUGCGAAAAUUGAUGAAACACUCUGUAACGCCCAUUGAUUAAUCGAUAUUCUGUUUUUGUUGUUUCUUCUGUGUAGCUUCAAUUAAACCAAAAAUUACUCAAAAAAAAAAAGAAAAAAGUUUUGAUUUUGAAAUUUUAUUUAUAAAAAAGAAUCCUACGCAGGAUAU